GACGACGCGUGGGAGCAGGCCACCGGCGUCUCAAAGGACAACACCGGCGACCUUAAUACCUUCCUCUCCGUGCUCGCGGUCAACGUCGCUGUGCUCGUCGCGGCGCUCGUCUUCCUCUCCUGCAUGCGCAAGCUGUACCCCCAGGUUUACGCCAACAAUACCCGGACGAAGGCCGAGGGAGGCCUCGAGUUCGCCAUCCCCUUCAAGCCCUCGGAGGCUUUCUUCAGCUGGCUGCUGGCCAGCUACCGGGCUCCCCACGAGAGCCUGAGGGCGUGCGGCGUCGGCGUGGACUGCAUCCUGCUGCUGGACUUCACCUCGUUCGCCUGCCGCCUGCUCGCCUGGCUGGCCGCGCCUCUCGUGCUCGUGCUGGCGCCGCUGCACGCCGUCUGGGGCGGCGCGGGCAGCGGCGACCUGCUGGGCAGCGUCGGCAUCAACAACGUGCAGAACGGUUCUUGGAUCUACUGGAUCCACGGGUACGCCGUGUUCUACGUUGUGGCCAUGGCGGAGCACCUGCUCUUCUCGGAGAUGCGCUCCUUCCAGCUGGUCCGCUUCAGGUGGCUGCUCGAUCUGGAACCCCCCCGCUCCACCACCGUGCUGGUGGAGGGUGUGCCAGAGUCGCACUGCUCCGACCACGCCCUGAAGGAGUACUUCCAGAUGCUCUUCCCUGGCGCGGUCGAGCACGCCUGCGUCGUCAGGUACACGGGGCACCUGAAGGCUCUCGUGGAAGGUCUGAAGGACCGCAAGCUCGCGCUCGAGAAGGCCCGCUUCGCGAAGACGAAGAUCGACGUCGCCAUCGUGGACGAGAAGGUGGAGGCGAGGGGGGCGGAAGCUGGAGGCCUCCCUCCCCAGGGAGCCGGAGGGCGCCCGAUGACCAGGAAGCACGAGAAGCUCGAGGCCUCGCGCGCGGCCCUGGAGACGGAGGUGCAGCACCUCGAGCGGGAGGUGCUGGAGCUCCAGACGGAGGCCCGAGCCGAGCGGAAGCGCAUCCUGGAGGACGGCGAGCUCCCCAUGGUGCAGCAGGCGAACCUCUUCGGCGACGUGGAGAACGUGCUGUCGGAGAAGGCGCGAGCCGUGAACGCUCCGAGCGGCUUCGUGACGUUCCUGUCCGAGCGCGAGGCGAUGCUCGCCCUGAACAUGAGGUGUAACGCGGACGUGGAGAACUUCGUGAUGUCGAUCCCACCCGAGCCGUCGAACGUCAAUUACGGGGACCUCGGCGUGCCGCUGUUCAGGCAGAAGCUCUGGGGCCUCGUAGGGUACGGGCUCAUCUUCGGGGUCUUCUGGAGCUACCUGCCCUUCAUCGUGCUCAUCUCGUCCUUCACCAACCUGCAGGCGCUCAGGAGCAGCAUCCCGGUGGUGGACAACAUGAUCAAGGCGUUCCCCCCGUCGCAGAUCUUGCUUGAAGGCCUGCUGUCGACGCUGGCCCUGGUUAUAUUCAUGAGCUUCUUGCCGACCAUCUUCAUGUGGGUCUUCCGGAUGUGCUUCACCCUGAAAUCGCAGGCUGGCGAGCAGCUCAAGCUGCAGGUGGAGUGCCGACAGACGGCUACGCGCAUGGCCGAGGAUGGCACCUGCUGA